GGUGGUCAGCAGGACUGACGCGGGAGCGGAUGUACGGAAGGGAUUUAAACUAAUGGACAUAACGUUUUGACAGGAUGCGCUAAUAACCAGAGCAUCCUACCAAUGCAUGCAGUAUUGCAAACUGCAAAUGAAUGAAGCUGCGUGAUUGAACAGGAUGUAUUCGAGGAUAUAAGGUAGAGAAAGUGGUAACCUGGUGAAGGUGAAGAAAAUCCAUCUAAAGAAAGCAGAGAAUAGAACAUGAAUCGAAAAAAUAUAUAUUCUUAGGACAGGAGAAGAGCCAACGGCAUUGUAGCCUAUCCAAGCUCAGCAUCUGAACACAUUAUACGUGGUUGCUCAUCUUCUACACAUGGAAGAGAGACGAGAAAACCCGGAGCUUGUCACUUGUAGGGAGGAGUUGCAUCAUAUUUGACUGGUUAAUUAAUAUAAUGUAUUUUUGGUUUCAGCGGAGGUGUGGAGGUUUUCCCGCGGUUGUCUGCAGAAAUAGUGGCUCUCACCACCUCUACCUGCCUGCAGGUAGCUCCUAGAGACGGGGCGGAUCUGUCCGUGUUCCCCGUUUGUUGGUGGAUGAACUUCAACAUCUAUUAUUAAUGAUUCGGGACCUGAGCAAGAUGUAUCCGCAGGCACGACACCCGGUACCUCACCAGCCAGGCCAGCCCUUCAAGUUCACUGUGUCAGAGUCAUGUGACCGCAUCAAGGAGGAGUUUCAGUUCCUACAGGCUCAGUUUCACAGUCUGAAACUGGAGUGUGAGAAACUGUCCAGUGAGAAGACAGAGAUGCAGAGACACUAUGUUAUGUACUAUGAGAUGUCUUAUGGACUCAACAUUGAGAUGCACAAACAGGCGGAGAUGGUGAAGCGACUGAAUGCUAUCUGUGCCCAAGUCAUCCCGUUCCUUUCACUAGAGCACCAGCAGCAGGUGGUCCAGGCGGUGGAAAGAGCAAAACAGGUCACCAUGGCUGAACUAAACUCUAUCAUCGGGCAGCAGCAGCUCCAUGCCCAGCACCUGUGUCAUGGCCCUGCCCUCCCAGUGCCCCUCAUGACCCAACCUUCUGGGCACCAACCCCCUCAACCACCCCUACCCACCGCGGGCAGCGCCAGCCUCCUGGCCCUCUCCUCUGCCCCCCUACCCACCGCAGGCAGCAGCAGCCUCCUAGCCCUCUCCUCCGCCCUCGCUGCCCAUCAGCUGCCCCUAAAGGAGGACAAAAAACACAAGGACAACACCGACAGAGAAAGAGACUCAGUCAAGAGUCCGUCUGUGUCCCCCUCCUCCAGUUUCCGAGCAGUAGAGAAGCACAGGAGUUCAGGUGACUCCUCAGACAGCAAGAAACAGAAAAUGGCUGAAAAGGAGCUGAGCGCCACACGUUACGACAGCGACGGGGAGAAGAGUGAUGACAGCCUAGUGGUGGAUGUCUCUAAUGAGGAUCCUGCCUCUCCUAGAGGAAGCCCCACUCACUCCCCUCGUGAGAACCGAUUGGAUAAGAGCCGUCUGUUGAAGAAGGAAGUCCCUCCCCUCAGCCCCGCCUCUAUGGCCUCGUCCAGUAGUACGCCCUCCAACAAGUCCAAAGACCUCAUCAUGAAUGAGAAGUCCAGCACCCUGACCCCCACCCCCAGCAGCACCUCGAACCCCGGUCUGAGAGGGAAAACCUCAGGACUAGAGGGCCCUGGUCUGCGUCCCCUGACGUUGCCGUGUCCUUACCCGGGUGCGUUUGGCAUGGUGCCCCACCCAAGCCUCAACGGGCUGAACGGCGACCUGGGCGGAGCCAGCGCCUACGCCUCCCUACACAACCUGUCUCCUCAGAUGAGUGCAGCUGCUGCAGUCGCGGCCUACGGACGAUCACAAGUGGUUGGUUUUGACCCCCACCACCACAUGAGGGUCCCUGGUCUUCCCCCCAACCUCUCUGGCAUUCCUGGAGGAAAACCAGCCUAUUCCUUCCACGUGAGUACUGAGGGCCAGAUGCAGCCGGUACCGUUCCCUCCGGAUGCCCUGAUAGGCCCGGGGAUUCCCCGGCACGCCCGUCAGAUCAACACACUGAGCCACGGCGAGGUGGUGUGUGCCGUCACUAUAUCCAACCCAACCAGACACGUCUACACAGGAGGGAAGGGCUGUGUCAAGAUCUGGGACAUCAGCCAGCCCGGCAGCAAGAGCCCUGUGUCACAACUAGACUGUCUGAACAGAGACAACUACAUCCGUUCAUGCCGGCUGCUGCAUGACGGGCGGACUCUGAUCAUAGGAGGCGAGGCUUCCACACUUUCAAUCUGGGACCUAGCCUCACCCACCCCGCGUAUCAAGGCAGAGCUAACGUCUUCCGCCCCGGCCUGCUACGCCCUCGCCAUCUCCCCCGAUGCCAAGGUCUGCUUCUCCUGCUGCAGCGACGGGAACAUCGCCGUCUGGGACCUCCACAACCAGACACUGGUCAGGCAGUUCCAAGGCCAUACGGACGGGGCUAGCUGUAUAGAUAUCUCUCACGAUGGGACCAAGCUGUGGACAGGAGGUCUGGACAACACCGUACGCUCCUGGGACCUGAGGGAGGGACGGCAGCUACGUCAGCACGACUUCACCUCACAGAUCUUCUCUCUAGGGUACUGUCCUACAGGGGAGUGGUUAGCUGUAGGGAUGGAGAACAGUCAUGUAGAGGUGCUCCACGUCACCAAGCCAGAGAAAUACCAGCUACAUCUCCAUGAGAGCUGUGUCCUCUCCCUCAGGUUUGCUCACUGUGGUAAAUGGUUUGUGAGUACCGGGAAAGACAACCUGCUGAACGCAUGGAGAACCCCUUACGGAGCCAGCAUAUUCCAGUCUAAGGAGUCAUCCUCAGUGCUAAGCUGUGACAUCUCUGGGGAUGACAAGUACAUUGUGACUGGCUCUGGAGACAAGAAGGCCACCGUCUAUGAGGUCAUCUACUAGACCCCUGACAUUGACUUGUCCGAGGGUAUUUUGUCUGUCCUGUGAUGUAGUUUUGCCUGAAAACGGACAACUUCCUAAUAUGGAUUCCGUACACCAUCCUCUCCCCCCAGUGCCCCCACCCCAGGACUGAUAUGGAUUCCGUACUGCACCCCUCACCUCUAACCCCUGACCUGGAUGUGGACCAAUCAAAAUGCCUGAACAGAACAGAACCAAAUACUGGAGACUUUUCUUCUUCUGACUGUUUUGUUUUCUAUCGAACCAAAUGACUUUUCUAACACUUGUUUCCACGAAGACGAAUGAAGCCUCGUCUAGGAGUCCAGAUAGAGGGGACAUUCUGGAAUGAUAAAAUAUGACAAAACGCCAAAAUAUCGUCCCUUGUAUCACACCAGGAAAUGACAUUUUUCCUGAUGCUUUUCUCAACACCCGGAGAAACUGCUGGUUGUCAUCAGAACUUGUAAACAAGGCUGCAUGGUAUUUAUCUUAAUGACUUAAUGAUCUUAGUGACUCCAUGCAGCCACUGGCAACGUCCAGGAUAGGUUUUCCUGGAACCGCUUGUGGAUUUGAUAGCUCUCCUGACAUGGCUGAUUCAAUCGGGCCCUAAAAUGCCUUUCAAAUGAGCGGUUGGACUAGUAGUGUCAGACUACCUAAGACAGGACAGUCGAGGCAGCUUGUAAACUUUCAGAAAUGCCUUGAAAUAACUUGUUCUGUAUAUUCCUCAGUUCACACUGAAAUACUUUUUUAAGGCUUGGUGUUCAAUCACAUUCUCAACUCCAAAUAAAGAGUCCUAUCUGAAUGUUAAACACAGUUAGCCGAUGAACUUAUUGACCUGAGAAAGACAGUAAGCUGAUUAACUUAUUGACCUGAGAAAGACAGUUAGCUGGUGAACUUAUUGACCUGAGAAAGACAGUUAGCAGAUGAACUUAUUGACCUGAGAAAGACAGUUAGCUGGUGAACUUAUUGACCUGAGAAAGACAGUUAGCAGAUGAACUUAUUGACCUGAAAAAGACAGUUAGCCAAGGAACUUAUUGACCUGAGAAAGACAGUUAGCUAAUGAACUUAUUGACCUGAAAAAGACAGUUAGCCAAGGAACUUAUUGACCUGAGAAAGAGUUAGCCAAUGAACUUAUUGACCUGAGAAAGACAGUUAGCCGAUGAACUUAUUGACCUGAGAAAGACAGUUAGCUAAUGAACUUAUUGACCUGAAAAAGACAGUUAGCCAAGGAACUUAUUGACCUGAGAAAGACAGUUAGCAGAUGAACUUAUUGACCUGAGAAAGACAGUUAGCCAAGGAACUUAUUGACCUGAGAAAGACAGUUAGCCGAGGAACUUAUUGACCUGAGAAAGAGUUAGCCAAUGAACUUAUUGACCUGAGAAAGACAGUUAGCCGAUGAACUUAUUGACCUGAGAAAGUCGGGUAGCUGAUGAACUUAUUGACCUGAGAAAGACAGUUAGCCGAUGAACUUAUUGACCUGAGAAAGACAGUUAGCCGAUGAACUUAUUGACCUGAGAAAGACAGUUAGCCGAUGAACUUAUUGACCUGAGAAAGACAGUUAGCUGGUGAACUUAUUGACCUGGGAAAGACAGUUAACCGAUGAACUUAUUGACCUGAGAAAGACAGUAAGCUGAUUAACUUAUUGACCUGAGAAAGACAGUUAGCUGGUGAACUUAUUGACCUGAGAAAGACAGUUAGCAGAUGAACUUAUUGACCUGAGAAAGACAGUUAGCUGGUGAACUUAUUGACCUGAGAAAGAGUUAGCCAAUGAACUUAUUGACCUGAGAAAGACAGUUAGCCGAUGAACUUAUUGACCUGAGAAAGACAGUUAGCUAAUGAACUUAUUGACCUGAAAAAGACAGUUAGCCAAGGAACUUAUUGACCUGAGAAAGACAGUUAGCAGAUGAACUUAUUGACCUGAGAAAGACAGUUAGCCAAGGAACUUAUUGACCUGAGAAAGACAGUUAGCCGAGGAACUUAUUGACCUGAGAAAGAGUUAGCCAAUGAACUUAUUGACCUGAGAAAGACAGUUAGCCGAUGAACUUAUUGACCUGAGAAAGUCGGGUAGCUGAUGAACUUAUUGACCUGAGAAAGACAGUUAGCCGAUGAACUUAUUGACCUGAGAAAGACAGUUAGCCGAUGAACUUAUUGACCUGAGAAAGACAGUUAGCCGAUGAACUUAUUGACCUGAGAAAGACAGUUAGCUGGUGAACUUAUUGACCUGGGAAAGACAGUUAACCGAUGAACUUAUUGACCUGAGAAAGACAGUAAGCUGAUUAACUUAUUGACCUGAGAAAGACAGUUAGCUGGUGAACUUAUUGACCUGAGAAAGACAGUUAGCAGAUGAACUUAUUGACCUGAGAAAGACAGUUAGCUGGUGAACUUAUUGACCUGAGAAAGACAGUUAGCAGAUGAACUUAUUGACCUGAAAAAGACAGUUAGCCAAGGAACUUAUUGACCUGAGAAAGACAGUUAGCAGAUGAACUUAUUGACCUGAGAAAGACAGUUAGCCAAGGAACUUAUUGACCUGAGAAAGACAGUUAGCCGAGGAACUUAUUGACCUGAGAAAGAGUUAGCCAAUGAACUUAUUGACCUGAGAAAGACAGUUAGCCGAUGAACUUAUUGACCUGAGAAAGUCGGGUAGCUGAUGAACUUAUUGACCUGAGAAAGACAGUUAGCCGAUGAACUUAUUGACCUGAGAAAGACAGUUAGCCGAUGAACUUAUUGACCUGAGAAAGACAGUUAGCCGAUGAACUUAUUGACCUGAGAAAGACAGUUAGCUGGUGAACUUAUUGACCUGGGAAAGACAGUUAACCGAUGAACUUAUUGACCUGAGAAAGACAGUUAGCUGAUGAACUUAUUGACCUGAGAAAGACAGUUAGCUGGUGAACUUAUUGACCUGAGAAAGACAGUUAGCCGGUGAACUUAUUGACCUGAGAAAGACAGUUAGCUGGUGAACUUAUUGACCUGAGAAAGACAGUUAGCCGGUGAACUUAUUGACCUGAGAAAGAUAGUUAGCUGAUGAACUUAUUGGCCUGAGAAAGACAGUUAGCUGAUGAACUUAUUGACCUGAGAAAGACAGUUAGCUGGUGAACUUAUUGACCUGAGAAAGAUGUUAUAACGCUGCUUCUGCUGAUCUGGUUGAGCAUCUGUCUGAUUGACAUCUGUCAGUCAUUAGAGAGAUUGUCCAUGAUGAUACUAGUGUAACAUAGAAGUCCGACAGUGGAAAGAAACUGCCUGUUGUUAGUUAAGCUAAUUUCUUUCAUACAAAAUGCCUUUUGUCAGUUUUUCCAUGUCUGAAUUUAUUAAAAUGUUCUGUGG